AUGGCGUCUUCUAAUUAUUUUACUCCCCAACGCGGGAAUGGCUUUCCAGACAAGAGCCGUUUAACUAACGCUCUUCCAACUUAUUCUUCCGCUGUAACCGAGAAAAUGCAUCGACAUUCCCGUUCAAUGUCCUGGACAGUCCCAGUAUCAGUCCCAAUCCCCGGCGUACACUCGCGUCGUCUUCGUUUAUUUAUGCCAAAUCCAAGUCGUGUCCGCCAGAUCGGUAUUUCGCGUUUCGGACGACGACGAGGGCCUAUACUGCUCUGUGUAGUCUUGAUUGCUUCCAUCAUCACAGUAUGUUCCUUCGCACGUCGGUUCGGUACAGAGGAAAAACAGUGGACUACGAACUUUGGGGAGUCUUCUACCCUAGUCUUUGGGCGAGAUGAUUUACAGCGAAUUUGGAAAUGGGAAAUAGAUAGCGGCCAUUAUCCAAGUAAUGCAAAGAUACCCGAGCAGGUCGGACUCAGUGUUCCACCACUCAACCCUGCUCUUCCUCCACGAAAAGUUCCAACGAUUCCUUCACGAUUCAGGCCUCCUCCAGGCCCUGUAGCUACAACCACGCGUGGAGAUGGUCCACGACGCGUUUAUCUCGAUGUACAAAGCAUGCCUCCCAACCUUGCAUAUCCACCUCGCCCUGUACCGGGCAGUGUCGCUGACCUGGACGUCAUUAUGGAUCAUUGUGAUUUUUCACAGGGCAAAUAUGUACGCGACUGCCUCGAAGUUUUGCGUGUAGGCGCAGGUCUCGACAAUGGCAACAGACUCCGGCGGGGCGAAAUGGACGAAUGGAAAUACAUCUACAUGGAACAAGAAAAGGAAAAUUUCACAGAUCCCUUCACGGAUCCCAUCCCUAUAGCCAAUCCCAUUGCUCCACCUCGUCCGUUAGUUUCAGGUGGAGAGACGGAUCCUAACGCAGGAUUAAGAAAGAAGGUAGGGGUAGACUGGGAGACACAGUUACCUCUCCGUACUCCUUUGCAGCAUACGCCUUAUUCAAGUCUUCCGGCACCUUGCGACCCUGAAAACCCCCGUCUCUUCCACAUGUUUUGGACUGGCCCAUUCACCGACAAGCCAUAUCUCGCUUUGCUCUCCUUCCUCUUCACACAGAAUGUCGGUCUGCAUUUGAAGGAUGGCGACGCUCUUAAUGUUUGCCGCCCCGAGUUCUGGAUGUGGAUUAACCCGGGUCCUGCAGCGUCUGUCCCAAACCCUUCCGCUUUGAGCGACAUGUAUGAAGGACUCAAGACCAAUCCCUGGGCAGCCCCUUUCUUACAUCAUCGCUUCAAGGACGUUAUCAAAUUCAAACUGUGGAAUACAACAGACCAACUUGAUGGUAUUCCAGAACUUAAGGACGAGUGGCGCGAGUUAAGAGAGACUCUCUUCAACUCGGGAGGACACAUUGUCAGCGUGCCCGCCGAGAAGUCACAGUCGAAAAGUACCGAGGUCUUCAGUACCAGUGCUAUAGAGGAUUCGACCAACAGCACCGAUGCUGACACUUCUGCAAAGCCUUUACCUACUGGUGACAACAAGCCAGAUGAAGAUGAUAUGCUCAACCGCACCGGUUCAAAAUCUUCGUCUUCAUAUGACCGUCUCUCAGUUAUCCUCUCUGAUAUGGCACGAUUUGUCCUUUGUCAUCGCUUCGGUGGUAUCUACCUUGAUGCGGACACCAUCUUCUUGCGGGACUGGGAAGAGCUUUGGGGUUGGAAGGGUGCGUUUGCAUAUAGGUGGUCGCGGUUGGAGAAGUACAAUACUGCCGUUCUGCGCAUGAACAAGAACUCUGCUCUUGGGUCAUUCUUAUUCCGCACUGCUCUGAAGAACGGCCUCGACUUCCACCCCAUGACGGUAUCUCGUUAUACCAAGGACGCAUACUUGGAGGGUCUUUUGCUACGACUGCCUGACGCCUUGUUUGACUCUGCAUGGCUUAACACCGAGUAUUACCAACGCGAAAGACCACCUCAGCCAUACUUCCAAGAGUUCUCGGACUUCUUUGAUACACCUACACAAGCCAGUGCUGCUCCUCAGGCACUAGGGUUUGAAGGCUUCUUCCAAGGUGCUUUCUCUUAUCACUUCCAUAACUUUUGGUGGAAGCCAUUCGAUGCAUCUCGUAACUGGCCUGACCUAGGCCCCAAGUUUUUAGCUGGCGAGAGGGCUGCUCGUGCAGCGGCGGAACCCGAUAUCGAUCCAGAGGAUGCCACUGACCGGGUCGCUGACGAUAAACGGGAUCUUGAUUGGGCUACUGUUCUCAAGAGAACGUUCGAGUCUUACAUUCGUGGGGAGAGGCCAAACAUGUACGGUGAAUGGCUUCAAUGGUGA